UCCCAAGAGGAGGGGCCGGGGACUCCCGUCUUUCCAAGCUCCAGUCGGAGCGAGGUUGCUCAUUCGAGUUUGGCUUUCUGGCACCGAGCUCCAAACUUCCUGGAACGUCGCUGGAGAUUAGCGACCGAGAGGGUGAAGGGAAAGAGUGGCUGCCCCGCAGAAACUUAAUUGAGCGCAGGAACGAUCUUUUCUUCUUCGGUAGCUGGGGGGGUAAAGAGACUCUCCCCAACAUGGGCCUCCUGGAGUGGCUGCCCUUUGGCGCGUACAGUCUGGCGCUCGCUACCUCUCUGGCUCUCGGGGCAUUGUGUGUUUUCGGCAGGAGGAAAAGGCACACUGGAGAACCUCCCUUAAUAAAUGGUUGGAUUCCUUUCUUGGGAGAGGCCCUGAACUUUAGAAAAAAUGCUACUGGUUUUUUAUUAUCUUUGACUAAAAAACAUGGAGAUAUUUUUACCGUACACCUGGCUGGCAAAUAUAUUACAUUUGUAAUAAACCCCCUACAAUAUCCUGUUGUGAGCAGAAACAGCAAGUAUCUGGAAUUUACAGAAUUUGCAGAUCAACUAUCAAGCCAGGCAUUUGAUCACCCGCCAGUUGUAAAUGGGAAUUGUCCAGACCUAAUUGAACAUGUACACAGGAAUUAUCAAUAUUUACUUGGCAAAUCAUUGGACACACUCUCUGAUAACAUGAUGAGGAUGCUCCAAAAUAUAUUUAAGCACAAGUUUUCACUAAUGGUAGAUUGGAAGAUGGAAAAUAUGUACAUGUUCUGCUUCUCUAUAAUAUUUGAAGCCAGCUUUAAAACAUUCUUUGGAAGGGAUCCUUAUAAUGAUGGCUAUGUUACUGAUGAAAUUGGAGAAAAAUUUCUCAAGUUUGAUGCCAACUUUUCCUAUUUGGCUCUAAAUGUACCAAUUACAUUGCUGGGAGCAACCAAGAAGAUCCGGAGAGAACUCAUAAACUUUUUAAAUCCAAAAAAGAUGGAGAAAUGGUUAGAUGUUUCUAAAGUAGUCCAAGACAGAAAAGAUAUAUUGGAAAGCUAUAAGGUGCUUAGCGAUUAUGACAAAGCAGCACAUCAUUUUGCGUUGCUGUGGGCCUCCGUGGGAAACACAAUUCCUGUUACAUUCUGGGCGAUAUAUUAUCUGUUGAGGCACCCGGAAGCUUUUGCAGUGGUGUGUGACGAAAUUGACCAUUUGCUGCAGUCAACAGGUCAAGAGAGGAAGCCAGGAUACAGCAUCUACCUCAGCAAAGAACAAUUGGACAACCUGGUCUAUCUAGAAAGUGCUAUAAAUGAGAGUUUGCGAAUGUGUUCCUCGUCAAUGAAUAUCCGUAAAGUCAAAGAAAAUUUUAUUCUCAAGCUUGAAGAGAAUCAUGAAGUCUGCUUGAGAAAAGGAGAUUUGAUGGCAAUUUUUCCUCCAGUUCUGCACAUGGACCCUGAAAUCUAUGAAGAUCCUCAGACAUAUAAAUUUGACCGCUAUGUGGAGAACAGCAAGAAGAAAACAACCUUCUUCAAACAGGGAAAGAAGCUGAAAUAUUUUCUAAUGCCUUUUGGCUCUGGAAGCAGCAUGUGUCCUGGCAGAUUCUUUGCAAUGAAUGAAAUUAAACUCUUCGUGAUUUUAGUGUUGGUUUAUUUUGAUAUGGAAAUAAUGGAAGACAAACAACUUGGACAGGACAAGGGUAGAAUAGGCUUGGGUAUUUUAUUGCCAGAUUCUGACAUUAUUUUUCGUUAUAAACUUCGGUCUUAGUACAGAACCUUUAUUGCUUAUAUAACUAUCUUAUUCAAAUUAGAAAUAGAAUAGAAUAGAAUAGAAUAGAAUUGGAAGGGUCCUUGGAAAUCUUCUAGUCCAGCCCCCUGCUCAAGCAGGAGAACCUAUACAAUCUCAGACAAGUGACUGUCUAGCCCAGGGGUAGGCAAUCCAAAACACUCAAAGAGCCACUUGGACCCGUUUCCCACCAAAAACAAAACACUGGGAGCAGCAAAACCCUUUUGAUAUCUAAAAGAAAGAUGACCCUGCAUAUACCCUUUUUACCUUUUAUAUACAUACAUACAUACAUACAUACAUACAUACAUACAUACAUACAUAUGUUUU